AUAAUAUAACAUCCAUUCAAGAAUUUGAAGAGCACUCAUUCAAAACUAAUACUGCUAGUAUUCACUAAGCUAUACAUGGCAGUGGUCAUCAGUCUUGGAACAUUUUUUCUCAUCAUUUUUCUAUUCAUAGCAUCAACAGAAUGCACGAACAUUACAAUCACCAACAACUGCAACGAGACCAUAUGGCCCGCGAUCCACCCGAGCAACUUUAGCAUCGGAGGCUUCGCCCUCCGCCCCAACCAGUCCGCCGUCUUCACCCCUCCGCCCGCCUGGCACGGCCGCAUAUGGGCCCGCACCGGCUGCGACUUCGGCCACAACGGCACGUGCCAGACGGGCGACUGCGGCCCUAGACUCCGGUGCACCGCCCCGGGCCAACCCCCCGCCUCCAUCGCCGAAUUCUCCCUCGGAGGUGGCGGGGGCACGGACUACUACGACGUCAGCCUCGUCGACGGCUUCAACCUGCCCGUCCUCGUCAUGCCGGCGGCGGGCGGCGGCAAGGGUAACUGCAGCUCGGCCGGAUGCGAGGCCGACCUGCGGCCCAACUGCCCGCCCGAACUGGCGGUCAGGUCGGGCGGGCAGGUCGUGGGGUGCCGGAGCGCGUGCAACGCGUUCGACAAGGACGAGUACUGCUGCCGGGGGGCAUUCUCGACGCCGAUGGCGUGUUCGCCGACGGAUUAUUCGAGACGGUUUAAGGCCGCCUGCCCGGCGGCUUAUAGCUUCGCUUAUGAUGAUCCAACAAGCAUCGUUACGUGCUCUGCUGCGGAUUACAUAGUCGCAUUUUGCUCUUCUAAGAACCAAACGGUGUCGUCGCAGUGUACGUAUCGUGACAACAAGUGCAACGGAGCAAAUGCAAUGUUGAAGAUGAAGCAAUUGUGGCGACUUCUCGCAGUUGUGGCUGGAAUUUUUGCACCAAUUUUGAUGUAAUGAAAUAAUGGAUAUUGUUUUUCAUCGAGAUUUUGAUUUAUACAUGAUUUUUUAAUUAA